CGCUCCUUUCAGUUGGUUGCGAUCCGCCGAUACAAAUUUAAAGAAGAAUAAGAUGUCUCUGAGACUGACUGAGGUCACAUGCAAGAAUUAGCUAGGUACGUGAAGACAACAUCAAUAAAGCUGGAUUUUGACAACAAGUUAUCUCGUAACUAACAGGACUUGCUGAGAAGAACCCACAUCCUUCACCAUGUUCCUUACCAUGGUCCUGCUGAGGAAAGGCAUCUCUGGCAAGCAGUGGAUCGGGAAGUACCGCCGGCCGCGUGCCAUCACCUGGCAGAUGAAACGCAACAUGCUGGUGCACCUGGAGCGCGAGGCGGAGAACGAGUACUGGAUCUCCCGGCCGUACAUGACCACAGAGCAGGAGAGAGGACACGCCGCUGAGCGCCGAGCACAGAACUGGAUCAAAAUUAAGGAGACCAAGUUUCAAAAGUUUCCAGAACAUAAGUAUGUUGCAGAUCAUCUAAGUCACCUCAACACGACCAAGACAUGGUCAAGUUAAUGAGGAGGAAGCAUUGACUUUGUGUGGGGAGAUGGAGAGGGGGCAUGCAUGUUAACUGCCAUUUGACUCCUGUGUGUCUUAAUGUAUGUAAUGUGUAUGAACUAUGGAGUGUUGGUAAUUAUAUCUUUAUAAAGCAAGCUCAUAUUUAAAAACAA